AUUCAAACACUAAAACAUAUUUAUCGUCAACAUAAUCAUUUAUCCUAUUAUCUAUUAUUUACUAACCAGGAUCGAUGGAGCCGGGCAUUAUUCAAUAUGGUUUUAGUAUCGUUACCAAUGAAUGCAACAAUAUUAUCUGAAUUUAUUAUCGAACAUAUGCCUAUACAAACACAAUUUUUAUUCAUAUUUGUUGCUUGUAUACAAGGUUGUUUUGGUUUAAGUCCAUUUUUGGCUAUUGCAAUAAUAUGUAAGGAUUUUCAUCAUAUUAAACAAUGGAUACCGAUUAUACAGUUACGUUUAAAAUCAAAAAAACAUUCAAUACAGAUUAAAAUGAAAUUUGAUGAUCUUUAUGGUCGGUUAAUGUUUGGUAGGAAAAUUGCAUUUUCAUGUGGUUAUUUCGGUGAUAUUACAUUUCAUCGUUUGUUUGAAGGUUUUCUUAUGUAUAUUUUGAUUUUGUUUCUUAUUCUUGGUUUCUAUGUUCAAUCACAUUAA